AGUCAAGCAAGUGUCAAAAUAAUAAUUGGAUUCCGGAGCCGAGGAGGCUAGAUCGUAUUGUUUAUUUUAUCAAUUUAAACAGCCUUUCCAAAAGUUCUAAUCAAUUAACAUGGCUCGAAAUGUAGCAGACGCAGCAAGAAAAUUUCUAUUACUAGGCCAAUGCGUUCCCACAGUGAAACAAAAUGCUGCCAAAAUCAGAGUGAAGAGGUUAGAAUUGGACGAGAAUUUGCUAAUGUACUUUAGAAAGGACGAAUUUUAUUACUGCCAUGAUCCUGAGAAAGUCUGCAAGACUGGCGAUAUCGUUCUCAUACAGUCACUGCCUCAAAAACUUACCAAGUUAAUCACACAUGAAGUCAAAGAGGUUGUAUAUCCUUUUGGUGACAUAACUGACCCCAUCACUGGCAAGAAGGUAGCUAAGGAAAGGUACAGAGAAGAUGUGGACAGACAGGCAGAGAUUUAUGGAAAACUUGAUUCAACCUUUGAUUAUGAUAAGGCACCGUCGCGAGGAUGGCAAGAUGGAAAGAAAGACUUCACAUCUAAACCUACAUACACUAAGUUCCAUGUUUUUGAUGAAAAUGAUCCUUAUGCCAUUUAGAUUAGAAAUAAUAUGUUGUUUAGUGUAUUAAUUUAGCAAUAAAUAUUUAGAUAGUGUUAA